AUGCAUUUUACUAGCCUUCUUUCCGUUGCCACCUUUGCCGCCGCGGCCAUGGCUGCCUCAGUCCAGGUCAACUUCUACUCCGAUACUGGCUGCCAGAACUUCAUUGGAUCCCGCUUCAUCGACUUUGAUCCGAGCCAGGGUGUUCGCGGAUUUAGCAACCACCCUGACGCCAGUAGCCCUUUCACUGGCAAUGUCGUGGAUGGCGAAUGUAUUGGUACCCUCAGUAGUGUUGUUGCCGUUCUUAUCGUCUGA